AUGACAAGCGUACAAUCCAUAAAGCGCACCAGCAUAGCAGCACUCGAGUCGCUGAGCGGACAGUCGGACCUAAGGACGUUACGCUUGCAAGGCGGAUGCGCUCGCACUCGACUGCAGUUGGUGCUGGCGCUGCGGCAUGCCAAGCGGCAUGCGCUGCGUACCUUGCUCGAGCGCACUACGUUGAAGCAGCGCAUGGACGAGACUGCUUCAUACGAAGUACGUGAACUAUGCGAAACAGAUCUUGAGCACGGGUUUCCAGAGUUGCUUGCCCAGCUUACACAGACGGGUACGCUGCCGUUGUCCUUUUGGCGCGAACGCUACCGCCUUCGCCAGCAGCUGCCGGGCACGUACGUGACGCUGGUGGCCGUCGAAAGCGCCACAAAGCGCGUAACAGCGACAGCAACGCUGCUUAUCGAGUACAAAUUCACGCGAAGCUGCGGGCAAGCCGGUCACAUUGAGGACGUUGUGGUUGACGCAGCGCAUCGACGGCGGAACCUGGGCUCACGCCUCGUUCGAGAGCUGUGUGCACGAGCGCGGGACCAGUUCAAGUGCUACAAGGUUACCCUGGACUGCGUCGAAGAAAACGAGGCCUUUUAUGCGAAACUCGGUCUGGAGCGGAAAGGUCUCCAGAUGGUGCGCUAUUUCCCUACGUGA